AACACUGAACGCAGGUCAUGUUCGUUCAGCUAUCUUCUUCGUUGUAUAGCUGGGCACUAUUUAUCGAUAACUUACUACCAACUGUACGCAAGACACGGAUGAAAAGUGGUAAUUACGCAAGGCCAUUUUAUUACUAUGACAGAGAACAAGGACGUAUGUGAAGCUAACUUACUAAGGCUUAAUACGAAUAUAACUAAAGGAGACCCGGGCAGCUUCUACAACAGCGAGCUGGAUGAUAUUCCACCUUCUCUGAUCAGCUACUUUGAGAUGUCAAAAAGCCGAGCAGCAGCCUGUGAGAAGCUGAUCCUCGGGGAACUCGAAGACGAUAAAACAGAGACUGAGAAAGAUUUUCCACUGAACCAUCGGCCAGAGCGGGAGAAACCUCACCAUGAGCAGCUGCAGAAAACAGAGCAAAGGCAGCAGAGAGAGAAAGACUUCCAGGAAGAGCUGAGGAGGAUCACAGAGGCCGAAAAGUUUCAGCAGCUGGAACUUGAGCUCAGGAAGAGAAAAGCUCAGGAGAAACUUGAACAGGAGUUGCAGCUGCAGCAGGAGCUCCUCUGUAACUUCAAAAAGAAAGUGGAGAAAGAGAGGAUGAUGAUUGAAGAGGAGGAAAGAAGAAAAUCUGAGGAGGAGGCAAAGAUAAGGGAGAAGAAAGAGAGGAGACAAAAGGAAGAGGAGGACCAAAGGAAAAGACGGGAGGAAAACCAAAGAGGCAUCGAAGUGAGGCUUCAAAAAGAAAGAGAGAGGAGAGUGGCGGAAGAGACGAGGAAACAAGAGGGAGCUGAAAAGAGAAAACUCAAGCAGGAAAAAAACACUGAGGAAGAUGGAAUAAGGAGAGAGAAGGAAGAAAUGAGACGACUGGCAGCAGAGGGACAGAGGAAAAAGAAGGAAGAGAGGAGAUGUUUUAUGAUAACUGGAAAGAAGAUUAUGACGGAGAAUGAAGAGAGAAAAAGGGAUGAGGUAACACUUAAGGAUGAACUGAACACAAUACAAGAGAAGGAUGAUGAAGAAAAGAGACUAGAUGAAGAUUUAAGAAUUAGUUCCCUUUGUGAGGUUAGGAUGAAUCGAGAAGAGAUGAGGAAGGAAGAGGAAGACAGGAAGUCUUUAGAGAAUGAAAUGCAACACAGAGAAAGUGAAGAUAAGAGAAUGAUGGAUAACUGGAAGAGUCUUUGUUUGGAAAGUGAUCGCCUUAUAAGAAAGAAAGAGGAGACGGGAAGAGGCAAAGAGAUCGGACAGAGGUUAGAGAUUGUUACACAGAGAGGAGGAGAGGAACAAAGAAACACAAAACAAGAAACCAAAGUUCAGCAAGAAAUGAAGGGAAGUAAAGGAAAUGAACGAGAGAAUAGAGAAGGAGAAGUUUUGGAGAAAACAGAGGAUGAAGAGAAGAUACAGGAAGAGUUGAAGGCUUCUGUAGAGAAAGAUGACAACCAGAUGAAAGACAAUGGGACAAAAGGUGAGAACGUGGACAGAGCUGAAAAAGACGAACAGGUGGAGACAGCUGAAGACAGAGGAGACAAUAAUCUGAAAGAAAACAAGGGAGAAAAUGACGUUUCAGAAUCACAACAUUCAGGAAGAACUGGUCAGCGGGUCUCACUAAUGCCUGAUCCAACACCCAAUGAGGCCACAGCAAAUCACAGCAUCUGUGAAACCCCCCCUCUCCAUCACCCAGACGACAACAUCUCAGACACUUCCACAUUACAAACUGUUGGCCAAAUGCAUCCAGAGUCACAGCCUGCUGCCUCUUCCUGCUCUCUGCCCGCUUCCCUUCCUGAGUGCACAGAGCUGAAGAGGUUGUCUUGGAUGGAACACUGUGUGUCCUGGUCCGAAUUGUCCCUCCAGAACAAAAGGAAGGAGAGGGGUUCCUUCCAGAGCCAGAGGAGGACGAGGAGGGCAGAUGGACUUAGCGCUCUCAUCCCUCUUUGUCCACGCACCCUGCUUGAGUCCACAGGCACAAAGUCCCUACAAGAGGUCACCAUAGUGGCUUUAGAAGACCUGACGCCCUGCAGCCUGUCUACUCUCUCCCAGUGUGACCGACUGCAGUCCCUCACCCUCUGCCGCUGCGGCCUCCGGUCUUUGGAGGGCAUCAGCCAGUUGCAGGAGCUCUGCUACAUGGAUUUAGGGGAAAACGAGAUCUCCUUCUUGGACUGUGAAAACAUGGACAGUUUGAGGGUUCUCCGGCUCGCCCACAACAAGCUGACUUCCAUCCACGGUUUAAACGGCGCUCAUAGUUUGGAUGUUCUCGACCUGUCUCACAACUCUAUCACUCGCAUCGCUGGUCUGGAGUCUAUGAGGAGGCUGCAGAGGUUGUUAGUGGACCACAACCAGCUGAUUAGUACCAAAGGCCUUAAGGAUGUUUAUACUCUCCACCACCUGGACUGCUCUCACAACCAUCUGGCGAACGUUGAGGGUCUGGAGAACAGUGCUCUUCUCCACACUCUGGAUCUAAGGUCUAACAGCCUUACUGAGCCUCCCAGCCUGAACAACCAGGUUCUCCUCAGAGAGCUGCUUCUGGACGAUAACAGCAUCUCUUCCCUGCAUGGCCUCGCUGGCUGCUGGCUUCCUCUGCUGCUGCAUCUUUCUGUCGCACAAAACAGAAUAACCCAGCUGCCCUCCAUGACUGACUUUGUGUCUCUGAAACAUUUGGAUCUGAGAUUCAACUGCCUGUCAGAGUUACAAGAUGUGUGUGAGAAUCUGGAGGGAUGUGGGUUUCUACAGGAAGUUCACCUGACCGGGAAUCCUCUUCAGCAGGAGACUGACUGGAAGUUCAAAUUGCAGAAAGCAGUGGCUGGCCCGAAGGCCGCGGACGGCCAGCAGACACACUCGUCUCUCAGCUUGGCCACAGACAGUUUCCUCACGCUCUGUCAGGUGCAGCUUCAGCAGACUCAGGAUUUACAACAGCGACUCAGCAGGGAGCUCAGAAACGCUUCAUCUUCUCUGGAUGCUAUGAAAAGCUGUUGCCAUCACUUUACUCAGGCUUUGCAGCUAGCUGAGGACCAGAGAUUCGCUCAUGAAUAUGGUGACAUCACUCUGUCUGCAGUCCAAGCAAGGCCCGAGAGACCCCCGGACAUGGACGGUAGACGUCUGGGAAAGCUCACAGAUUCCUUGAAAACCGAGUCUGCUACCAUGCGACCUCCCGACAACCUGAGCAGAAACGAGCCCGGACGUUCUGAGGACCCGCCAGAUGGAAAGAACCCACAGGAUACAUUUGGAAGUGUUACAACAGGUCAGAGGUCGACAACGGAGUCAAAUGUUGCCAGAGGUUUUGUUGACUUUCUCCCUUCAAAUGGAGAAAGAACCUCCACCAGGUUGGACAUGGAACCAGACGACUUGGACAGUAAAAAUGCAGCGGCCACUGUGGUUCAGAGGAUGCAGAGGACGUCCGAGGAGAAAUGUGGACAUGCUGAAGCCUCGGCUAUUAGAGGAGAUGCAGACAAGCCGUUGUUUGAGCUUUCCGUUAAUAACAUGAACCCCGCUGGUGAAAACCACGCAGCAACUGUCAUACAGGCAUUUUGGAAGGGCUGCGCUCUGAGGAGGAGGCUCGCAUCCGCCCUCGCUGCCUUCACGUGCCCUGACGCAGGAGAGGACGACGCCUUCGAAGAGCUGGACGUGGAGAAAUUUGUCGUCGAUGAGUCAGCACUGGAGGAACGCUGGACAUUGACCUUCUCUGAGGAUUCCCCUCCUAUGCAUCACCCUGUGACAGAGCAACACUUACCUCCACAGGUUGUAUUUCAGCCAACGCAGGCCUGGGUGGCUGACGAGAAAGAAGAAGAAGUGGAAGAAGAAGAAGAAGAAGAAGAAGUUUCAGCAUGGAAUUCUACUAGAAGCAAGACUCCAGCUUCAACCUGGAUUCACAGUGGUCUGUCUGAAAGAUCAGAAAAAAUUCUACAAGAAUGGGGCUUUACCAAUAGCCGCACAGCUUUUCUUAUGCUGAAAAGGGCUCAGAAGAUGAAGGCGACCAAAAAACCGCAGAAAAAACACGGAAAUCCCUUUUUCAGUGUUGCCUUCAGUGGAUGCAAUUACCAAAUAAACUCAGCAAAGGCGAGGAACAGGACUUCACGAUGUGGCAGACUAACUUUAGGAGGCGGCGAGGCCCAGUUGGGUCUUCGGUGGGCAGAGCAACCGGAGCAGACGAGGCGGCGACAAGCUGAGCAACAGCUGGAGACGCAGGUCGCUCUGCGUGAGCGGCACUCAGAGAGGGGACAAUUUUUACCAGAGAUAAGAUCAUCCAUUGUGAGCAGAAGUACAGUUCAGGUUGCGGCAUUUGGAGCUCAACCCGACGCCACAAGACUCUGCUCCUACAGCGGUUUGAUCGCCCCACUCUGCAAAGUGAACAGAAGCAGCGUGACUCGUGCAGGUAGAGACGCUCUACCCCCCAGACGAGUCGCAUCCCCUGUGCUAAAAAAGGAGCGCAUCUCUUUCCGGGACAACCCCGUCCAGCUGAGCGGCGGCUGGGGCGGAGGCAAGAAGAGGGACAGACUGCCUAAGUAAACGCCUGAAGAUAUCUCUUUACUUCAUGUUUUCUAAAGCUUUUAAAUAAAGUAACGGGGCCUCUUAGAAAUGAAGACGGACAGGAACCUGAAGCAGCCCAAAUAUCUCCAGGCGUUUCCAGAGCUAUCAGUGCCUUCGCUCGGCGGCAGCCAACUCGCAUCAAAACACGUGGAGGAAAGCCACAAAACUCUGGGAAAUUACUCGCUUCACAUGCAGAUGAUGGCAGGAAAUGGAAACCAGGAUCCUUCAGUACCUGUGGGUUCAAAACGCUGGACUGUUAUUGUAAUUUUGUUCCUGUGAUGUUUUAUAAAUACGAACCUCGACAGAAGAAAAGCCCCUUCUCGUUAAUCUCACAAGAAUGAACUCAAAUUAAACUGUCUCUGUUUUUUUUAAAGGUGCAGUAUGUAAAUAUUGCAAAAAGUCUGUUUUUUUUCUGUAUUUAUUAAAAUUGUCAUCAUGUCUUGACGCUUUGAGACAUAAUCUGACAAAAAAUUGAGCCCCUCCACCUUUUCCCUGAGCUACUACUACUGCAGUCUGGAAGAAUGCAGCGCUCUCUGUCAAUCACAAGAGAGUGAUUGACAGCGUUAAAACCCUCCUCCUGGCUCUGAUUGGUGGUUUUUGACUGAGUGGUUUAUUUCUGUAGUUUGUACUGAGAGAAGGCAGAGGAGCUUAAUUUAUUUAUUUUUUUACAGAUCAUUUGUUUUACACUCUGGACAUAAUGAGAAUUUAAAAAAAUUUUUUUUAACUCUCCAUAUAAAUGUGGAUUUGAAAUUUGAUGUCACGGUAACUAAAAAUAAUGAAAACAAACAGAACAUUUUUGUGAACUGAAAUAAAUAAAAGUGGCAAUUAUGGGGGGGGGGACUCCAUCACGCAUUUAUGAAACAUACUGAGAUUAUAUGUAUAAUAUCCCUUGAUCAUGUGUGUUUACGGAUCUAUUUAUCAGCCUUUCGAACUGAUGUGAAAAUGAUUUUUCCCCCCCACACAUGCAGUUUAUGUCAACUGUCAGCAGAUUACAGCGCUCCACCUCUGCUGGUCCACAAAACGGUGACAGCAAAGGUUGGGAGAGAACGCCAGUUAGUUGAUUGCUCAAUAAUUAAAAACAUUUUUUGAAAAUGAUAUCUUCUGCUGAGUACUCAUCACCGAAUCGAUGUAUACAAAAUCGCAAUACGAUGCUUUAAACCUUUUUCAAUUCUGCACCUAAAUUUGGACCAAAGUAUAUAUAAAAACUAAAACUACUGCUACAUCUAAUAAAAACCAUAUUUAACUAAUAAAACUAACAAGCAUAAAGUCGCAACAACUUAAAACCAAACUGAAAUGAAUAACUGGUAACGCUGGUGCGUAUUCGUGUUUGGAAUCCUCGGUGAAAGCGCACGCUGUCCCGCUGUAGGCGUCUCACCUCAGACGUUUGGGUUCCUCGCCUGAACUGCCAUCUGAAAAAAAAUUAAAAAAAAAGAAGAAAAAAAUCAUACCUUAAUGAACCUCAAAACAAACAGCGAGGUCUUAGGAGUGGCUCCUUGGCAGGAAAUGCGUGCCUGUCUGCUUAUUUUCCUUGUAUCUACCAGCGUCUGCGGGGAGGGCUUGGGCCGUGAGCUGGAGGGGAUUUUCGGCACACGCCAGAGAUGUGGAGGUCGUGUUUUUGGAAACAUAAGAGCUCUGUCUUCUGUCUGUCUGGGGGAGGACGGGUUUGAAGUCCCGAGCCGUCUUCACACGUUGUUGUGCUGGUGCCGGAUACGUUUUCAUCAACUGUAGCGGAUGGGUGAAAGGGAGAGGGCAGAUUGUGUUCGAAACCAACUCCGAAACGCUACGGUUUGCUUCUGUCCCCAGAAUUAUAUUUUGAAUACGUCAUCCGCUGCACUGCAUAAUAUUUUGAAGUGUAGCUCCUCAAGCCUUUGCAUUCAAAUUACUCAACGUUAGACCUCCAAAUGUAUAAAAAGACUCCUCCUCAAUGUGGUUUUAAGUUCAGCUGCAAAUUCGUUCCAUUCUUCUUUUUUCUUCAUUUUUGUAGUGUCCAGAAACAUUCCUGAAAACCUGUUGUUUUUUUUGUUUGUUUGUUUUUUUUUAAAUCAAAACUUGUGUUCUGUCCUUGGAUUCUUGGAUAUAACCCUGAAUGACUUUCAACAUGUGUACUUACAGGUGCUAAAUUAAUGCUGAAAAUUUAAGUUAUCACAUUUUUAUCGAAUGACAACACACUCUAUCGUGUUGAGGACAAGUGGGCAACUCUGAUAUGUGCAUACAGGAUUAUGUAUGUAUUGGUUUUCGGCUUUUGAAUCACGACUGUUGAUAUGAGCAAGAUGAGAUUGAAUUAGCUCUUUCUUCUUCUGAGGCUCGGCACAUAUCUGCCUUACCUGAAUGUCGUUUCCUUGUCUUCUCUGUUUUGAACAUUGGGUAAGAAAAUGUGGUUUCUGAGUCAAUUUAUGGACACACCCAUGGUUUACUAAAAAAAUGA